AUGAUCUUAGGGGAGACUCCGUUCCAACGGCACCUGCUGGCAUUGAGUGCAGAGUAUGAGCGGCUGGCUCUGGAGAACACCGAACUCAAGAAGGAGAUGCAGGGGACGCAGCUGUUUCAUCGGCUGCGACAUGAUCAUCAUGAUGCUCCACCCCUGCAGCCGGUGACUGCCUAUGUGGCGACUCCAUCAACCUCCCUGUCGUUGGACCUGCCUGGGGCAGUGCGGAAUGAGUGGAUUCCGAACGCUCUCAAGGAAGAGGGAUGCGACAAAGUGCCAAACGGCAGUCCUCGACGAAUCGGUUCGAAGAGCGGAGCAAGCAAGCUGAAGCGGCAGAACACAGGAAGUUUGAACAAAGUUCCCAUCGAUGAGGAGGAGUCCGAGGACAACUCAACUUUCUUGUUGCUUCUGGACGUCAUUCCAGCUUGUGUGAUCGUUCUCAGCGCUGCCAUUGCUGGGAUGAGCGCCGACAUAUGCCCAGACCAUGCAGUGUGGAAGGUGUUGGAAAUACUAUUCACGGUCUUCUUCAUUGGAGAGAUCGUGAUGAAGCUGAGGGUGUUCGGUUUCAGGGAGUACCUGCGUGGAGCAGAUUGGUAUUGGAGUUGGUUCGACAUCAUCUGUGUCGUUUUGGCCAUCGUGGACCUAAGCUUGACCUAUUCCAGCAUGGACCCGGCUGCCAGUUCUGGAUGCAAGGCCCCGCAAGAGAGUUCAUCAACAGAGGGCUCGGCAGCAGGAACUUUGGGGUCGCUCAAGAUGCUGAAGCUGGCUCGCUUGGGCCGAAUCGUUCGAUUGCUGAAGUUCAAGAUUUUCCAGGAGCUGAAGUUGAUGAUCCAAGGGGUCUUUACCGGCCUUCGCGUGCUGUUCUGGGCUGUCGUGUUGUUGGUCGGAUGCAUGUACCUCCUGGGCGUCAUCUCUCGGACCCUCUUCUCGGAGUUCGAAGAGUUCACAGAUGUCCCCUCAGCAAUGUUUACGGCUUUUCGCUGCUUUACGGAUGGCUGUGCGGCAUACGAUGGUACGCCUCUGCAAGAGAAGCUGCGAAAACAGAAAGGCCCGAUUUUCAUGUUUGCUUACAUUCUGCUGUUCUUGUUCGUUACAAUUGGAAUUUUCAACUUAAUCAUGGCUGUCUUCAUAGACAAUGUGACAGAUGGCAGCACGAAAAAAAGACAACGGCAAUUGGGCCAGAAUGCUCCAAGAACUGAGUGGGUCAUUGCGUCAGCACUGAGAGAGAUCAUCCUCACCAACUUAGUGCGCAAGCAGGUUGAGGACCAGGUGGCGGAAGAGGAGCGCAAUGGCGUUCCGGGUGGCCAACGGCGAGUGUCGAAGCUUCUGCAGGAACGUUUGCAGGCUCUUCAGGAGAUGUACGGCUACAAGCCCCACACGACGCAGGAGUACGAGGACUUCACUUGGCAGAUCCGCGAGGAGAUGGCAGAGCGGGAUAUCGUUGUCACCAAGGAGCAAUUCAACCAUUGGCUAUCAACAGAAAAGGAGCUGAUAUCAAGGUUGGAGGAGUCCGAGAUAGACAUGUCCUGCAAAUUUGAUCUUUUCGACGUUCUCGACGCUGACCUGAGUGGUGAGUUGGAGUUUGAGGAGAUGAUCGAUGGCCUGCUCAAAUGCCGCGGUCCGGCAUCAAAAACCGACAUCAUUGCCAUCAGGCUGAAAACCUCCUGGGCUGUGAAGUUGCUGACAAAGAUCUGUGAAAAACUCGGAAUUCAGGAUGACUGA